AUGCUGAUAGCCAACUACACGAUCAGACAGAUUUUGAUAGACAAUGGAAGCUUAGCCGACAUCUUAUUUAGGGACUUUUUCACCAGGAUGGGCAUUAGCCCUGGUAAGCUGCGUCCAUCACCAUAUCCACUGAAGGGGUUCUCGGGAGAAACUGUUCAACUUGUGGGCUCCAUUGCGAUGCCAUUCACAAUUGGCCAAGGCGCCCACAUGGCCACCACAAUGACGAAUUUCUUGGUGGUUAAAACUCCAUUGUCCUAUAGCACCAUAUUAGGAAGGCCGACCCUCAAUGACUUGAAGGUAGUCACCUCCACUUACCAUCUGAAGAUGAAACUCCCAACUGAAACGAGCCUAAACGAGGUCCGUGGUGAGCAAAUCCUGGCACGGGAGUGCUACGUUCAAGAGCUUAAGGUGGGUGCGCCUAUUGUGUGCACAGUGGACAAUGGGAGCAAACAGUCGCCACCCCCGCCCUUGGUCGAAGAUAGCCAAAAAAUAAAAGCGAGGAAUGAAGACUACCUAGUUUAG